CUUCCGUCGCGGCGGCCUGCCUCCUUGGUGACGUCGCGCUACUUCCGGCGUCGGCUCUGCUUCUUCGGUUGGUGUCUGUGCAGCCGAGGGGAUUGACCGUCUUAAGCAAGAGUCUGGAUAAAGAGACUUGGCACUGGAUGAGCCCAGCUAGACCAUGUCUAUGGUACAUGGAGUCACGCAUGCAAAAUGGAUAGUAGGGAAAGUAAUAGGAACCAAAAUGCUUAAAACUGCCAAAGUGAGAGUGACGAGGCUUGUGCUAGAUCCUUAUCUGCUGAAGUUUUUUAACAAGAGGAAAACAUAUUUUGCUCACGAUCCACUGCAGCAGUGUACUGUUGGAGACAUUGUUCUUCUAAAAGCGUUGCCUGAGCGGAGGAGCAAGCAUGUGAAACAUGAGCUAUCUGAGAUUGUUUUCAAGGUUGGAAAAGUAAUAGACCCAGUGACAGGAAAAGCCUGUGCAGGAACCAAGUUCUUGGAAACUCUGUCAGACUCGGAUAGUCUGACAGAGUUGGAUGCCACCUAUCUCAGUGAAAAACUACAAGAACUAAAUGUUAGCUCAACAGAGAAAUAAAGGAUGAGAACCAUCCCAUUAUCUGAGGCAUGGUUUGUGCCCCACUGUCUUAGUAUGCAAACCUUUCUCUGAACUUAGUGACAAUAAAUAGCCACUUCCAAAACCAAAAUUUUGAUAAACUCACCAAAUUUUAUAAACUUAGAAAUAAGAGAAGGAGAACGUAAGCGACAAUUAUGUUCUGCUCUGGCCCGUUCCCUUGCAGCACCAGAAGGAAUGGCUAAGGUCCCCAUCUUGGUCAUUCAGAAUGGUUCUUCCUUGUUUUCUUGAUGUUUGUAUGAAGCCUGGAACUGGAUCUGUUGUAGUUUGCCUGCAUAUGUUUAAAGGAACAUUAUUAAAGUUUUUAGAAGGAAGUGUAGAAAGCUUAAAGCUAGCCAUGUGUGUGCCCUUUUUCCCUUUAAAAGAAGUAAUACCAGUUAUGUCACUAUGCCUGUGUUAUACCUUCAGAAAUCCACUUAUAAAAUAAGUGACAAUUGUCUUCA